CAACUCUCAUCCAACUUAUCAAAGACCCUCAGCAAUCGAAGAAAAGCUUAAUCAAAACGAAAAGAAAUCCAUUCAAGAAAAGAAGAAGGAUUGAUUCAUUGAUUGGAUCUUAACAAGUAAAAACAAUUUUGGAAAAUCUCAACAAGACCUUACGAUUCAAAAACCUUGGAAAACCUUGAAGAAUACUUUGUUUAAGAUGAAAAGGAUAGACGAAUUGAUUAAAUCAUUAAACGAAUCAAACCAAGUUUAUUUCACAUUCGAAUUUUUUCCUCCUAAAACUAUUGAUGGAUUACAAAACUUACAAACCAGAAUCCAAAGAAUGAUUAAACUAAAUCCAUCAAUGAUUCAUUUCACAUGGGGACCCAAUGGAUCGACCUUUAAAACUUCUUUAGGUUUAGUUAGUUUUGUUCAAAUCGAAUUAGGAUUUCCUACUUGUUUACAUUUAACUUGUACGAACCUUUCGAUCGAUUUAUUGAAUCAAGCUUUAAAUGAAGCUAAAAAAUUAGGAAUUGUGAAUAUUUUGGCAUUGAGAGGAGAUCCACCACGACCCAACGAAUACACCACCGAUCCCACAACCACCACCACCACAACUACUGAAUUUAAUCAUGCAAUAGAUUUAGUUAAAUAUAUCAAUUUGAAUUAUCCCAAGACGUUUUGUUUAGGAGUAGCUGGUUAUCCAGAAGGAUCGAGUGAAUAUGAUUCGAAUCAAGAACUAAACUUUUUAAAAGAAAAAGUCAAUGCAGGUGCUGAGUUUAUUGUUAGUCAAUUGUUUUAUGAUACUCAAACUUUUUUGGAUUGGUACCAUGAUUGUCGUCGAGUUGGUAAUGUUCCCAUCAUUCCAAGUAUCAUGCCAAUCCAAUCGUAUGAAUCGUUUCGUAGAUUAACCGCAUUGACCAAAAUAAAAGUACCUCAAACGAUCUUAGAUUCAUUAUCACCUAUCCAAACCAACGACCAAGCAGUCAAAGAUUUCGGACUAAAGCUUUCAUUAGAAACCAUCCGAACCCUUCGAUCACAUCACAUCAAUUCAUUUCAUCUAUGUACCUUAAAUCUAGAAGUCACCAUCACUCGAUUACUUUCCAGUUUGAAUUGGACAACUCCUUCGAUGAGCAGCACGACUACUACUACUCUAUUACUUCCACCUAACGACUCUAGAAUCUUACCAAUUGUUCAACCUGGAUUAGAACCCAACACAUGGGACGAGUUUCCGAAUGGAAGGUUUGGAGAUUCAAGAUCACCAGCCUAUGGAAAGAUAGACCAAUAUUACGGAGGGAUAGGAAAAUUAUCAUGUGAUUCUUUGACAGGUUUAAAGCAAUGGGGAUCACCCAAGAGUGAAGCAGAGAUCACCGAUUUGUUUGUAAGAUAUACUAAACGAGAGAUCGAUUCGACUCCUUGGUCUGAUACACCAUUAUUAGAAGAAAGUGAUUUGAUCUCAGAUACGAUUUUAAAGAUGAACAUGAAAGGAUACUGGACAAUCUCAUCACAACCUGCAUGUGAUGGGUUUCCAUCUGAUAAUCAAUUUGUUGGGUUUGGACCGAAAGGUGGUUAUAUUUAUCAAAAAUCAUUUGUAGAGUUUUUUUUAAAUCAAACUCAAUUAGAGAUCUUAUUGAUGGCUAUCGAAAUGGAAAACUCGAAAGCUGAGGUGGGAAUGUUGAAGUAUUUUGCUGGGAAAAGGAAUUCGGACGAAAUUAAAAGUAAUGUGAACGUUGGAGAGACUAAUGUGGUUACUUGGGGUGUGUUUAGAAGUGCUGAGGUGGUCACUACUACGAUUAUUGAAUUAAACAGUUUUAAAACUUGGAAGGAUGAAGCUUUUGAAAUUUGGAGUUCUUGGGAAUCUUUAUUUCAUCAUCAAACUGAUCAUCAAACCAAAACCUUAAUCAAUUCGAUUGGAAAUGAAAAAUGGUUAUGUACAAUUAUUGAUCAUGAUUUUAAAUUAGAAGAAAAACUUUGGAAGUUUUUAGAAUUCAAUUGUAUUUAAACAAAUCACAAAAAAUAGAAGAGAAACCAAGGUUUGAAUCAGGUUGAUGUGUAUAUAGUUUUUGGUUUUUUCUUCGUUUUUGAUGGGUUAUGCAGUGGAAAUCUAGUUUGUUGGAUUUGUUUUGACUUUUUGACUUUUUUUCUGAAUUUUGUCUUGUAUCAACAAACUUUUUUUGUUUUCUACUUUAUAAUUUUUUUUCUCUAAUAUAGAUACAUCACAUGAACUUAAUUCAUAUAAAAUAUCAAAUACUACUGUUUCAU